GUUUUGUGUUUUACAAUACAAAUGCUUAAAUACGUUUAAAAUUAAAAACUACAAAUAAUUUAACAGGAAAAAUAUGAGAGUACUCUAUGCACGGCAUAAAGCAUCGAAAACAAAUCUCUAACCAAAGUCAGUAAUGUUAAUUAAUAGCAACAUGAAGUUAAGGAUAAAAGCGGCAGAGUUACAGCAUUUUAGUUGGCUCUACAAAUUAGCCCCGUGUUUUCCUGUAAAAGCCACUAAAAUCAAUGUAAUAACCGAUCCUAGAACUUUUUACGACACUCUCUGCGAGCGAUUCAAGAAUGCAGACUCCAGGAUAUCCGUCGCGAGCUUAUACAUCGGCACUGGCGAACUGGAGCGGAGGUUACUCGAUAUCACCAAAGAUAAUGUUGUGAUGAAGAAGAAUUUAAAGUUUAGUGUUCUUUUAGACUAUCAGAGAGGUACGAGAGGGGAAGUCAACUCCAAGACCCUUUUACAGAGCUUUGUAAAUGAUGUGCCAGAGCGUAGCAAUAUUAGUUUAUACCAGACUCCUCGUUUGCACGGCUCGUGGUCGAAUGCCCUGCCGUCAAGGUACAAUGAGAUUGUGGGUCUUCAGCACAUGAAGCUGUACAUAGCGGAUGACUCGGUACUGCUGAGUGGAGCCAACUGCUCCUCCGACUACUUCCAUCAGAGACAGGAUCGCUAUAUUGAAAUUCAUGAUCCUGAUCUUGCUGACUUUUACAGUGAAUUAAUAGAUGUUAUGGGCAGUUAUAGCAAGAAGUGUGUGGGCGAUGCUGUUACUGACCACGGGCUGCCUAGCAAGGAGGCGGUGGUAGCGGGAGUGCGGGAUAAAGUAUCGGCAUUCACAGACAAGUGGAUGAGGCAGCAAGAGGCUAAACCAAUAAAUGAUGCAGCAGACACAUGGGUGUUUCCACUCUUACAAAUGGGUGAAUACGGCAUCACUCAAGAUGAAGAGGCAACCCAGGCCAUGCUGUCAUCGGCCCCCGAGGGCUCACAGCUCAAACUGGCCACCGGGUACUUCAACCUGACCGAGGACUACACACAGACGCUGCUACAGCGAAGCAAGGCUAUGAUCAGUCUGUUGAUGGCACAUCCUAAUGCAAAUGGCUUCCUCGGAGCAUCAUUCCCGGCUGGCGGCAUACCGCACGCGUACUCACUCAUAGCUAAACAAUUCUGGCAGAGAGUGCUGGAGACGGGGCAGGCUGGGCGGAUACAGAUGAUGGAGUAUGAGCGGGAGGGGUGGACCUUCCACGCGAAAGGACUGUGGUACUACGCGCCGGGCGCGGGGCUGCCGUGCGCGACGGUGGUGGGCUCGGCCAACCUCGGGGAGCGCUCCGUCCGGCGGGACCUGGAGGCGCAGGCCGCUGUACUCACUGUGGACCCGGAUCUACAGCGCCGCCUCCACUCCGAAUGCACUUCCCUCCACACGCCGGCGGCGUCGUGCGGCGCCUCGCUGCUGGCGCGCGCUGUGCCGCUGUGGGUGCGCGCCACCGUCGGCCUGUUCCGGACAUACUUCUGAACAGCCGCCAAGCUGGUGCAGCUACU